CCAAAAAGAUCAAUUUGUUCCGCGGGCCGCAUCAAUAACCAGCUAGUGUUGUUGUUGCGGCUGCCGGCUUUAAGAAAAAUCUUACGUAAAAGUUUCAAUUUCUUUGUGUAUAUAUUAUUAUUGCGUUGUUUUUUGUAUUGUGAAUAGAGAUGGAUAACAUUAAUCAGAAGGAUAUUAAUCGUGCAAGUGUGACGUCGUCGUCUACGUGUUGUUCAUCUUCGUUAGAAGCGCCGACGGUAGUGCAGGAGUCGAGGGAGGUAGAUGAGUUGCAGCGGAUGCCGUUGGCUCCGACGUUGUGGAAGAACAAGAAGAUGUUGUCGAAGCAGCUGUCCAUGCGUGAAACGCCGCGUGACAUUGCAUGGGAGAGGCGGCGGCGCCAGAUUUUGCGGCAAGAGCGGCGAAAAUCGCAUGACGCUAAUGAUCCGGACCAGUACUUGACCGAUGAAGACUUGAAUGAAUUGAAAGGAUGCAUCGAGCUUGGUUUUGGAUUCAACGAAGAAGAGGGUCAGCAAUUAACCCCCACAUUGCCGGCUUUGGACCUUUAUUUCGCUGUCAACCGUCAGCUUUCUAUCAGCCCAGUCUCAACCCCGCGGAGCGCCCAACAUUCCACCUCCUCAUUCGGCGGUAGUUCAUCCUCAUUCGGUAGUCCAAGGAGCGACUCGGAUUGGAAAAUUUGUAGCCCAGGGGACAAUCCUCAGCAGGUGAAGACGAAGUUGAGACAUUGGGCACAAGCAGUGGCAUGUUCUGUGAUGCAAUCCUCCCAAAGUGACAUUCCAUGAAUGGUUUUGUACAGAGAAUAAAGAAUAAGAACGAGAGAAGAAAACACAGAAGGAGGAGGCCGCGGGAUCUCUUUGAUCAUGAUGGAGGCCUGGGAAUUAAUUUACUUUUUGUUUAAAGUCUCUUGUUUGAGACCUGAAAAUAUGUAAAAUUUCAGUGUUAGUGUUGAGGUGGGAAUUAAGUAAAGCAAUCUGCAAUUGAUUGUAGCCAUUUUGAUCUCUUUCCUUAUUAAUCAAGGAUUGAGGUAAAUGUUAUGUAAAAACAUUACUGUUAAAUGUAGUUUGUAAAAAUUAAUUUAUACAAUCAUGUUGAUCUUUUCUCA